AUGGCGGAGGAGGAAGGCAGUAUGGAUGAAGGGGAUGUGUUCCUGGCAUUUGCCCAGGGUCCCACUCCUCCGAGGGGUCCCCUGCGCUGCGCCUUGGACAAGAUCUUCCUAACCUUCCUUGUCCUCUUUGUGACCCUAUUACUGCUGGAGGCUGCUUAUAAACUGCUGUGGCCACUGCCAUGGGCCCAGUUCGGGAACUGGCUCCUGGGGACGCCGCAGAAGGAAGAGGCGCUGGAACUGUGA